UAUACACCAUAAGUAUAAUUUCUUGAAAGUCAUUUAAGAAAGAUUAUCAAAUAGAGAAUAAGAAUGGAGCAUGGAAGACAUGAUGAAAUUCAUGAAGAUUUGGCUUUGUCCCCUCCCACCAUGGGGUCCAUGCAAAUUGGAGGCAGCAAUGGCUUUGGUCAUAACAUAGACUUCAUGCCUCAAGCCUACCUCACAAGCAGAAGCUCAGAAAUAGACAUAGUUGAUGAUGUAUCACAUUCAAAUACUAAUCAUCCUCUUCCCAUAUAUCUCAAGUUUAUAGAUGUGGAGUACAAGGUGAAGGUCAGACAAGAGUCCUCCACGAACCCCGUUAAGGCAGUGGUGUCAAAUGUGGCUUCUCAGCUUAACAUUGCGCCAAACAACUAUAAGCAGAUACUAAAAGGCAUCACAGGAAGCAUAGGACCUGGGGAAAUUCUUGCUCUGAUGGGGCCGUCUGGCAGUGGGAAAACAACACUGCUGAAGAUAUUAGGAGGAAGAAUUCAUGAAAAUGUUAAAGGAACUAUAACUUACAAUGACAUCACAUACACUGCUGCUCUUAAAAGGAGGGUGGGAUUUGUGACACAAGAUGAUGUGCUUUUCCCACAGCUGACGGUGGAGGAAACCUUGGUGUUUGCUGCAUUUUUAAGAUUGCCAAGCGAGAUGAGUAAACGAGAAAAAUAUGAAAGGGUGGAGAUGAUUAUUAAGGAUUUGGGGCUUGAAAGAUGUCGACAAACACGUGUUGGAGGAGGAUUUGUCAAAGGCAUAUCUGGGGGAGAAAGAAAAAGAACAAGCAUUGGGUAUGAAAUUCUUGUUGAUCCUUCACUACUAUUGCUUGAUGAACCAACUUCUGGAUUGGACUCAUCAUCUGCUAAUAGACUGCUUCAGAAUUUAAAAGGCCUUGCAAAGGGAAGAAGAACUAUUAUCACAACAAUCCACCAGCCUUCAAGUAGGAUAUAUCACAUGUUUGAUAAAAUUUUAUUGAUAUCUGAAGGCUCUCCAGUAUAUUAUGGGAAUGCAAGGGAGUCCAUGGACUACUUCUCAUCUUUGAGAUGCAUCCCGGAAAUAGUGAUGAAUCCUGCAGAAUUCUUGAUUGAUUUAGCAAAUGGACAAGUGAAUGAUAUCAGUAUUCCUGAAGAGUUAUUAAUCCCAACCAAUGGCACAUCUGAAUCUGAGAGACUCAUUAUCAGAUAUUUACAACACAAGUGCAAAACACAAUUGGAACCAAAAGAGAAACAACAAAUGCCAAAUGCUUCGACACAUCUCCAAACAGCCAUUCAAGUCAAGAAAGACUGGACAUUGCCCUGGUGGGAUCAGUUCUUGAUACUGUCCAAAAGAACAUAUAAAGAAAGACGUAGAGAUUAUUUCGACAAGUUACGCUUGGUUCAGGCACUUGGAGUUGCCAUCCUCCUAGGCCUUCUUUGGUGGAAAUCUGUUACUACCACUGAGGCUCAGCUUAGAGAUCAGAUUGGUUUGAUAUUCUACAUUUGUAUUUUCUGGACUUCUUCAUCUAUCUUUGGAGCGGUCUAUGUUUUCCCGUUUGAGAAGAUAUAUCUGGUGAAGGAGAGGAAAGCAGACAUGUACAGAUUAAGUGUGUACUAUGUCUGCAGCACUUUGUGUGACAUGGUUGCUCAUGUCACAUACCCUACUUUGUUCAUGUCCAUUCUUUAUUUCAUGGUUGGCUUCAAAAGAACGGUCCAGUGCUUUUUCCUCACGUUAUCUGCAAUCCUCCUGAUUGCAGUCACCAGCCAAGGGGCAGGAGAGUUGUUUGGAGCUACAGUGAUGAGCAUUAGAAGGGCAGGAACAUUAGCUUCUUUAGUAUUGUUGUUGUUUCUACUUACAGGAGGCUAUUAUGUUCAGCACAUACCAAAAUUCAUGAGGUGGCUAAAGUAUGUGUCAUUCAUGUACUACGGUUUUAGGCUUCUGUUAAAAGUGCAGUAUGACGGGGAUGAGUUGUACGAGUGUGGAAGUGAAGGAGGGUGCAAAACUCUACAAAGUUCACCUUCAUUUGACACCGUGAAUCUCAAUGGCGGCCUAAGGGAAGUUUGGGUUCUACUUGCCAUGGCUGUUGCUUAUAGAUUGUGUGCAUACUUUUGCCUUCGAAGAAAUGUUAAUAUAUGCAGUCUUUGACUCUUGAAGUCUUUGUGUACAGAGCAAAAGCUAUUAUUGCAAUGAGAAAAGACCUGAGUUCCUUUAAGAAAAUUAUAUAUAUAGACACCACAUUUUAGUGGCAACAAAAUUGAGCAUUACUUUGUUUGAGUGGGACGAAAGAACAUAGACUGAAAUUUCUCUGAUAAUUAAUAGUUUACAC